UUCGCACUCUUUUUUCCUCGCCCACCUUGUGUGUCUUGUCCACGCGCAACACGCACACACACACCUAUCUUCCGCGAGCCCCUACCUAUUCUCCGUCCUGCGAGCCGUGUCUAAGACAUAACCUAUCAGACGAGGGCGCGUAGUACCAGACACCAACCAUUCCGGCUGUGAGAACCGAGAGAUCGACCAACACCACCACCCGCCACCAUGGACAGCUCCAAGACCGGCAGCUCGCCGACCGCCUCGUCGAGCACCUCCUCCCGACGAAGAAGCUCGGGCCCGUCCUUCGAAGGGCUCGUGAACCAGAAGCGCGGCAGCGACCCGGCUGCGCUCGCGCGCCGCGCCAGCCUGCACGACCAGAAGCCGCGGGCCGGUUUCUUCGGCCGCAUGUGGUACGACUUCACGCGCGGCCCCGUGAGCCCGACUAAGUAGCCGCCUCUCGACGCGCGCCCGCUCGCCGGCCGGCUGGCUAUCGAAGCGACGUGGCCGCCCCGUUUUUUUUUUUUUUACGUCUCUCCCUCGCCCGUCUCUCUUUCCUUCCUUCAUCUCUUAACCCCCGAUCCUCGUAUCGACACGGCGUCACCCGGGGCCAGACAGGCGGGGCGGAAGCACUUGCUUUUGCCUUUUCUCUAAUUCUCUCCUUGCU